AUGAGUUCAAAUUCAGAGAGGAAAGAAAACUACAAAACCUUCGAAAUGGGAAACGCGCAAGAUGCAAAUGAGAAUAUGACGCUGACAACAGAACAGGAAAAGCCGCAGACUUGUCUACAGAGAGCAUUGAGCUGUUCCUGCACGAUUUUGUGCGUCGUAUUUGGAAUCUCCCUUGGAGUCGGAUUCGGCCUGCCCUUCGGCUACCUCGCUGCCUUCCUCUUCGCGAUCAUCGCUGGCCCUCUCUACUGCUGCGGCUACCGAUUCGACCCGGCGACAACUUCCGUCUACAAAAAAGGCCAAACUCCUCCUCAAGCUCCUGCUCAAAACGUCUAG